UAGGUUCAAAAGGAAGAGGGAGACUGCGCAGAGCUCGCGCGGACUAUUCACCAGUAGACCACUUCGCAAAAAACUUAGAAGAAGAGGCGAAGUAGGUAGUACUUCGUUGUCUCUAGAAGUUGUAAAAAUAUUGGUUUCAUCUACUCUCUGAUCUAGAUCUUCUUAUUAAGGUUUACCACAGACAAUGCAUGCUUCAGUACCAUCCAUGGCUCGUUUUCCAGUGGGAAAAGGCGCAGGGUUGAUCUGAAGAAUGCAAUGGUGCAAUAUCUAAUCUUAUGGUGUGUGAAAGACGAGGCUUUCUAUGUAGCUGAUACAUGAAUGUCAACAGUUUCCUUCCUCUUCCAACGCGUUACAUUCACACAGGUCUUGAGGAAACAUGCGCAAAGAGACGCAGAGUAAUAGAUUUGUCGAUUGCGGAGAAUUAUACGAGCAACAGCGUAUGAAGUCAAGUUAGUAUUGCACAGAGGAGGAGCGAUUUUUGAAGAAGGUAGAGGUAGAGGAAGCAAGCCCAGUCGCAGAAACAAGGCUGAGAGCUGGUCUGCUUUUGAAGGUAUUUAUUAUUAUUCUAGUGGUAAACUACACUUGAAUAUACAUUUGGGAGCUAGAUUCAUUGUAGUAUUUUUUUGGCGAUAAGUCUAGAAACUAGAGUUAGACUCUCUUCUGUGUAAGCUUUCAUGAUCGCCACGACCAUGGCCACCCAUGAGAACAAGAACUACUUUCGUCCAUCAAAAGAUACUGGAAAUUCAUGCGCCAACUGCUUCAGGCAAUUCGAGUAGUGGGCUUUUCGAUCAUCAGCUACUCCUAUCAUCGCAGAAACAAGGUGGAGAGCUGGUCUACUUUUGAAGGUAUUACUGGGCUACAUUCUUUUCUGGGGACACAUUUACUAGACGCACUUCUGGGGAAGGCUUCAUGAGCAUGACCCGUGAUCGCCACCACGUUGAACAUCUUCGUUAUGAUCGUCGCCAAAAAAAGGAAGUAACGUCAGAAAUACAACUACUCUCCGACUACAAACACUUCCAAUCCACCGACACCCGCAGGCAAUUCGCGCAGUGGUUUUUUGGAUACUAUACCCUAUCCCUACGGUCAAGCGCUACUGCAGUCGGGUAGGUGAGACGCGAUUUUUUUCGGCUUCGGCAAGUCCUUUUUCAUUGGUGAAGAGGAACCCAGGAGAAGAACUGACUCGUCGUUGCGAGAUACUCAAGAGCGGUGCAAGUCUAUUUUGUAUUGGACUUGAAGAUUGAUCGCAGGUUUGUCUCAGAUACUUAAUCGUUUAAGCAUAUUGCUUCGAGUAUGUAAAGCAUGUUAAGCAUAGCGUCUUGAGUAUGUAAAGUGUGGUCACGCAUAGAGACACCCUUUCCACGUUAGUUCCACGUUGGUAUGUCUUCCCCGGUCUUCUUCUUGUGUCUUCUCCUGGAUUGAACAAGUCAAUGCGCUGUCCUACUUGUUCAGCAGGUAAGUGCUGAGCUUCGAGGAGCGCGAAGGGCUGUGACAGGAGUACUCAUACGUGCACUGGCGCGAGCAUUUUCAAGAACCGACACCGCCUGAGCAGUGAGAGUCUUUUUCCCAACCAGAGUUGUGAAUACUGGGCGUGAGGUAAUGAAAUCCUGUUGAGAUAGCCACGAACUACGUUAACAAUGUCAUGCUACUUUUGAUGACUGGUGAUGUGAAGGUACUCAUAUAGCCUGUCAUGCUUUUUUUGCACUGG